CACGUCUUCUGCAUAUGAGCUAAGAAGAACCUUUCUAAUCACCCGGGUAUUCUCGUUUUUGCUUUGACUUACAGACUCCGAGCACCAGGUACCAGCACAGAUCAGCAGACAGCAUGGGGCUGCUAUUUUGGAGGAAAAAGAAGCCUAGAGCACAAAGCAAAGCGGAAGAAAAGGUGUCAGAUGAGCCCAAUGGAGCUUCUGCUCGCCAGAUCCCGAUGAUCGUACCCAGAAGGGAUCCUGCAGUGUUUGAAUUUGGAAGUGCUUCUGGCGUCAGCAUGACUGGCGUGUGCAAUGUGGGUGAGGCGGAUGAGAUCUCUGCGUGCGUUUGGCGGAUACAAAAGACAGAUGCAGAUGGGAAGCAGGACAAUCAUAAGCCACAGUAUCACAUAGAAUUCUGAUUCAACUCUAGUUGAAGAUCAAAGUCAUGAGAGGCAGCAAAGUCAACGGCAGAAAUCUAGAACCACUUAUGAAACUCAUCUCUUAGCGGGCACCCACAGAGAUGUCCUGGUGCCAUGAAAGGGUCUCUGUUGUGGUUCAAAUUCUAUUCGAGCACCAAUAGCACGAGCCUGAUUCUGGGCCAAGGCCAACGCAAUGAAGCCUGAGCCUGACGCCUCUCCUGACCAUAUUCUUUGCAUGGCAGCCUCCGCUGAUAGAUCUUCAUUGCCAGCCGGUACCUGGACGAAAUCAGUGUCAUUCUUGAUUCUUCUCCAUGGUCUAUCACCGUGUCUUGUCAGAUGUCGUACCCUCAGAGGACAGUCGAAUGAGGGAUUAGCCGGUUUGGCAAGCAAAGAAGCAGGCAGUAUUGUUGUUGCCCGUGAAAAAUUACAAUAAUCAACUGAUUAAUUACUAGCAGCUGCCACAGUGUGACGUGCUAUGACAAGUGCGCCCAUGUAAUUACAUCUUAUAAGAG